AAGGGGAAAACAAGAAUUUUUUUUAAAAAAUACAUUAAAAUUUAUAAAUAAAAUUUUAAUUUUAAAAAUUUUGGGACAAACAAUAAUUUAAAAAAGUAUUUAAAUUUAUUGAUGAAAUUUUAAUUUUAAAAAAAUUUAACUGUCCAAACGGCUCAUAGUCUUAUAGAAUGGGGCAAGCAAAUUGUAGUAAAAUUGUUUAGGUUUCUAUUUUCUAUGAAUUCCAAUCAUUUUAGAAUUGCAAGGUUUUUGGCAGACCUGAGACUCUUGAAAUCGUAUAUUAGUGGACAAAAGCCAGAGCAGACAAGGGUGAAAUGGUUCCACAAGGUUGCUGACCGUCAACAGUACCUGUCUUCUUAUACAAUCAAGUCAAAACAGGGGUUUCCCCAGUCUAUACGCUGUGACAAUAAUUAUCAAUCGUGUGUGGUUUUCCUAAUUGUUAUGGCCUUGACUAUAAUUCAUUAUAACUUUUGGGUAAACAGCUGUAACAGUAGACGCAUCAAUGGAGCUCUUUUCAUUUAUCAGUAUUUAUCUCCUUGUUUUCCUCUUCAAAAUGUCCACUGCACUUGACACGAUUACCCCUUCCCAAUCUAUGAGUGAUGGCAAGACCUUGAUUUCACAAGAUGGAAGUUUCGAACUGGGUUUCUUUAGUGCUGGAAUUUCCAAGAACCGUUACUUGGGAAUUUGGUACAAGAAUAUCCCAGUAAGAACCAUUGUUUGGGUUGCAAACAGAAGCAGUCCAAUCAAUGAUUCUUCUGGCUUGCUGAUGAUAGAGAUCUCUGGCAAUCUUCUAGUUCUUAGCGGGAACAAGACCGUUGUUUGGUCAUCAGAGUCAUCAAAAGAAGCCCAGAGUCCAAUAUUACAGCUCCUAGAUUCUGGUAAUCUUGUCUUAAGAGAUGAAAAGGAAAGUGACCCUGGAAUAUACUUAUGGCAAAGUUUUGACUAUCCAUCAGAUACGUUGCUGCCAGGGAUGAAGCUUGGAGUAAACUUGAAGACUGGUCUUGAUCGGCGUCUAACAUCAUGGAAAAGCUGGGAUGAUCCAUCACCUGGAGACCUUUUUUGGAAGAUACAAAUACAUAAUAACCCUGAAUCAACCAUGUGGAAAGGCUCAAGGAUCUUCUUUCGAACUGGCCCAUGGAAUGGCAUUACAUUCAGUGGUACACCACAGUUAAAGCCUAAUCCAAUUUUUUACUUCAACUUUGUGCAUAAUGAGGACGAGGUUUACUACACAUUCGGCCUCAAAAAGAAAUCUAUAAUUUCCAGGCUAGUAAUGAACCAAACCAACAACAGGCGUGAUCGCUACACAUGGGAUGAAGCAGCUCAGAGUUGGAGUCUAUACACGUAUCUGCCAAUAGAUUACUGCGACACUUACGGCCUUUGUGGUGCCUAUGGAAACUGCAUUAUUAGUGAGUCACCAGUGUGUCAAUGUUUAGAAGGAUUCAAGCCAAAAUUACCAGAGAAGUGGAACUCAGGGAACUGGUCUCAGGGAUGUGUUCGAAAUAAGCCAUUGAACUGUCAGAGUGGAGAUGGAUUUAUUAAAUUCAGAGGACUAAAAUUGCCAGAUACUACAUAUUCAUGGGUAUCUGAAAGUAUGAACAUCAAGGACUGCAGAGUUAAAUGCCUGCAGAACUGUUCUUGCACUGCAUACACAAACUUGGACAUUAGAAGUGGAGGCAGUGGCUGCGCGCUGUGGUUCAACAAUUUGGUUGAUAUUAGAGAGAAUCCCUAUGGUGGGCAGGACCUGUAUGUUCGAGUGUCUGCUUCGGAAUUAGAUGUCAAAGAUGAGACUGGGAACAAGAUAGUCAUUAUUAUCAUUGCUGCCAUUGCAGUGGCUUCUGGAAUACUGAUAGUAAGCUAUUGCUUCUGCAAAAGCAGGAGAAAAUUUACAGAAAACCACAGGCAAAAUGAUGAGAAUAAUGAAAACCAAAAUCAAGAGAUGGAGCUACCGAUAUUUGAUAUAGCUACAAUAGCUAAAGCCACUGAUGACUUCUCAAUGAAGAACAAACUAGGAGAAGGCGGUUUUGGACCUGUCUACAAGGGUACUUUAGUAGAUGGACAAGAAAUUGCUGUCAAGAGGCUAUCAAAGAGCUCUGGACAAGGACUCAAUGAGUUUAGAAAUGAAGUCAUUCUGUUUUCUAAACUUCAACACAGAAACCUUGUUAAGCUUCUUGGUUGCUGCAUCCAAGGAGAGGAGAGAAUGCUCAUUUAUGAAUAUAUGCCCAACAAAAGCCUGGAUUUUUUCAUUUUUGGUAUGGGUCCUUCAAAACCUAAUCAAACAAGAGGUGAACUGUUAGAUUGGUCGAAGCGUUUCAAUAUUAUUUGUGGGAUUGCUAGAGGGCUUCUCUAUCUCCAUCAGGAUUCCAGAUUGAGGGUUAUUCAUAGAGAUCUAAAAGCAAGUAAUGUUUUAAUUGAUAAUGAGAUGAAUCCAAAAAUUUCAGAUUUUGGCAUGGCUAGAACUUUUGGAGGCGAUCAAACUGAAGGAAGCACAAACAAAGUGGUUGGAACAUAUGGUUAUAUGGCACCAGAAUAUGCUACUGAUGGCUUAUUCUCUGUAAAAUCUGAUGUAUUUAGUUUUGGUAUUUUAAUGCUUGAAAUAAUAAGCGGAAAGAGAAGUAAAGGGUUUUAUCAUCCCAAUCAGAGCCGUAGUCUUAUUGGGCAUGCAUGGAGUUUUUGGAAAGAAGGCAAACUUUCAGAACUAAUUGAUCCAUUCAUAGGAGAGUCUUGCAAUAUAUCCGAAGUAUCACGGUGCGUGCACAUUAGUCUCCUAUGCGUGCAACAACAUCCUGUUGAUAGGCCAAGCAUGGCAUCUAUAGUUUUGAUGCUAAAUAGUGAAAAUACAUUUCCUCAACCCAAGCAACCAGGCUUCGUUAAGGACAAAGGUCUAGACAUGGCAGAUUCGUCUUCGAGCAAGCUUGGAUCAUCUUCAGUAACAGUAAAUGAAAUUACUUUCUCUUUGCUUGAGGCCCGUUAAAUGUACUGUUAAGCAGUGUGCCUUAAUGGUGAUUACGGAAAUAUGAUACUGUUUACCGAGAGAAAAACGUUUGGCUUGAAGAAUGCAAGCUGCUGAAUCAAGAAAAUUUUCUUUUUCUUUGAUUGGUAA